AUGCAUUAAUACAAUUUUUUAAAAUUGAUUGACUUNAUAAAAAAUUGUGACCACUACUAGUACAGUUGUAAAAAACAAUGUUUAAACAAGUGGAACCAAAUCAGUAAUCUUUUAUUUUCAUUCAUUAGGAUUCUGA